AUGUUUGUGGAGGCUGUCGUCCGGUGGGGGGCGUGGAGCGCCCUCCUGCUGUGGAUGGGCGUGGCUGCGGGCGCAUCUGUUGUCAAGUCCUUCUCUUGGCCCUGCCCCCAGAGGUGCGACUGCCGCCAGGAGAGGCUGGAGGUGAACUGCUCCGGGAGGCAGCUGACAGCCAUACCGGAGGCCUUUCCCAGGGACUCCCUGCGCCUUGACCUGGCCUGGAACCGCCUCAAGAUGCUGGGUCGGCGGCAGUUCUCGGCUCUGGCGCAGCUGCAGGAGCUGGACCUGAGCAACAACAUCCUCUCCAUGAUCGAGGUGGAGGCCUUCCAGGGCCUCCAGUACCUGCAUACCCUCCGCAUCAGGAAUAAUCGGCUAAAAAUCAUCCCUGUGGGUGUCUUCUCCGGCCUGCCGAGCCUGCGCCUGCUGGACAUCAGCGAGAACGAGAUCCUGGUUUUCCUGGACUACACCUUCCGCGAGCUGGCCAGCCUGCAGAGGCUGGAAGCCGGGGAGAACGACUUGGUUUUCAUCUCACACCGGGCCUUUGUGGGCCUCUCGAACCUGCAGGAGCUCAACCUGGACCGCUGCAACCUGACAUCCAUCCCCACGGAGGCGCUGUCCCAGCUGCAGGGCCUCACGCGCCUCCGUUUCCGUCGGCUCAACCUCAGCAUGCUGCCCAAUAACUCCUUCCGCCGGCUCGGCCGUCUGCGCACGCUGACCAUCUCACACUGCCCCUGGCUGGACACGCUCGCCGCCAACAGUCUGUUUGGCCUCAACCUCACCUCUCUGACCAUCACCAGCUGCAACCUCACCGCUGUCCCCUACGCCCCCGUUCACCACCUGGUCUACCUUCGCUACCUGGACCUGUCUUACAACCCCAUCACCACGGUGCAGGGCAACCUGCUCGGAGACCUGCUCCGCCUGCAGGAGUUCCACUUGGUAGGGAGCGGUCUGCUCCGGAUUGAACCCGGGGCCUUCCGGGGACUGGUCCACUUCCACCUGCUCAAUGUCUCCUCCAACAAGCUGGCCACCCUGGAGGAGGGCGUUUUCCACUCGGUGGGCAACCUGGAGACCCUGCGACUGGAUGGGAACCCCCUGGCGUGCGACUGCCGCCUCCUGUGGGUGGUACGGCGACGUCUCCGGCUGGACUUUGAUGGCCGCCAGCCCGCCUGCUCCGCCCCACUCAAGGUCCAGGGGCGGGAGUUCCGGGACUUCUCCGAGGCAGAGCUUCCAGGGCUCUUCACCUGCCGGCCGGCCCGCAUCCUGAACCGGAAGCCCCAGGAAAUGAGGGUGGAGGAAGGCCACACGGUGCUGUUCUUCUGCAAGGCGGAUGGGGACCCUGCACCUUCUAUCACCUGGCUGACCCCACAGAUGACUGUCGUCACCCCCACAGGAAGGAUAAGGGUCUUGCCCAAUGGGACACUGGAGGUGCGGUACGCCCAGGUGCAGGACAGUGGCACAUAUCUGUGUGUGGCGUCCAAUGCUGCUGGGAAUGAAAGCUUCUCGGUUGGCCUGCAUGUGCGCGGCUUCUCCUCCGCCCGCAACCGCACUGCCCCCUUUUUCCCAGAGGGCUGGGCCUUGCCUUCCAGUCCCCCUGCCACUAACAGCUCCGUCCAUGGCCCACACCCGUUCCCUUUUGACGCCAAGACUCUGAUCAUCGCGGUGACGAUGGGCUUCAUAUCCUUCCUGAGCUCGGUGGUGAUCUGUUUUGUCUUCAUGUUCUUCUGGAGCCAAAGCAAGGGCCAGAUCAAGCAUACGGCAACUAUCGACUUUGUACCCCGCACAUCCAUGGGCACCAGUGGGCACGGGGGUGACCGAGCAGACACUGGGAGGUUCACCAUGAAGCUCAUCUGA